GAACACCUUUAUUUAACCAGGUAGGCCAGUUGAGAACACCUUUAUUUAACCAGGUAGGCUAGUUGAGAACACCUUUAUUUAACCAGGUAGGCCAGUUGAGAACACCUUUAUUUAACCAGGUAGGCCAGUUGAGAACACCUUUAUUUAACCAGGUAGGCCAGUUGAGAACACCUUUAUUUAACCAGGUAGGCCAGUUGAGAACACCUUUAUUUAACCAGGUAGGCUAGUUGAGAACAAGUUCUCAUUUACAACUGCGACCUGGCUAAGAUAAAGCAAAGCAGUGUGACACAAACAACAACAGAGUUACACAUGGAAUAAACAAACGUACAGUCAAUAACACAAUAGAAAAAAUCUAUAUAUGGUGUGUGCAAAUGGAGUAAGGAGGUAAGGCUAUAAAUAGGCCGUAGUAGUGAGGUAAUUACAGUUUAGCAAAUUAACACUGGAGGGAUAUAUAAGCAGAUGAGGAUGUGCAAGUAGAAAUACUGGUGUGCAAAAGAGCAGAAAAGUAAAUAAAAACAAUAUGGGGAUGAGCUAGGUAGAUUGGAUGGGCUAUUUACAGAUGGGCUAUGUACAGCUGCAGCGAUCGGUUAGCUGCUCAGAUAGCAGAUGUUUGAAGUUGGUGAGGGAGAUAAAAGUCUUCAACUUCAACGAUUUUUGCAAUUCGUUCCAGUCACAGGCAGCAGAGAACUGGAAGGAAAGGCGGCCAAAUGAGGUGUUCGCUUUGGGGACGACCAGUGAUACAAACCUGCUGGAUCGCGUGCUACGGGAGGUUCUCCAGACGGUGCCCAAGUUCUGCUUCCCCUUCGAUGUGGAGAGGGUUUCCCAGAGUCCGGUGGGCCAGAACUUUACCUUUGUGCUGACGGACAUCGAGAGCAAGCAGAGGUUUGGCUUCUGCAGACUCACGUCCGGCUGCCGUGUCUGCAUCUGUCUGCUCAGUUAUCUGCCCUGGUUUGAGAUCUAUUACAAGCUCCUGAACACGCUAGCAGAUUACCUAACCACAAACCAGGAGAAUGAGCUGAAUGACAUGCUGAACUCUCUGUACAGUCUGCCGGUGCCAAAGCCCUUCACCCCCGUCAACCUGAGUGUGACCGCACUGUUGCAUAUAGCCACUGGGCAAGUACUGAAAGAUGCACCAAGCCAGCAGCCGCACUCCUACUUCAUAACACCAGAUAUCAACGGCCUGCCCACCAUCCCGGAGAGUAGGAACCUGACAGAGUAUUUUGUGGCGGUGGACGUCAACAACAUGCUACAGCUGUACGCCAGCAUGCUGCACGAACGACGCAUUAUCAUUACCUCAAGCAAGCUUAGCACUUUAACAGCGUGUGUCCACGGUUCAGCUGCCAUGUUGUACCCCAUGUACUGGCAACACAUCUACAUCCCUGUACUGCCUCCACAUCUUCUGGACUACUGCUGUGCCCCCAUGCCAUACCUGGUAGGAGUUCAUCUCAGCCUGCUCGAGAGAGUGCGUAGCAGGUCGUUGGAGGAUGUAGUGAUACUAAACGUUGACACCAACACACUAGAGAGUCCCCAGAAUGACCUGCAGAACCUGCCCAGCGACGUGCUCCACUCUCUGAAGAGUAAGCUGAAGAAGCAGUCGACAGCAACAGGAAGUGGAGUAGCGAGGUCCUUCCUCCGAGCUCAGGCUGCUUUGUUUGGAUCCUACAGAGACGCCCUUCGAUACAAACCUGGGGAACCAAUCACAUUCUGCGAGGAGAGUUUUGUGGCUCACCGCUCCAGCACCAUGAAACACUUCCUGGAGAUGGCUGUCAACCUGCAGCUCUUCAAACAGUUUAUUGACGGCCGUCUGGCCAAGCUGAACGCGGGAAGAGGCUUCACUGACCUGUUCGAGGAGGAGAUCACUGAGGGAGGUUUCUGUGGAAGUAAUUCCAAGUCUUAUCAACAGUGGGUGCACACCGUCAAGAGAGGCGGAGCGCUGAUCAACACUGCGGUGACCAAGGCCAAGAGUCAUGCCAAGAGGGGCAUUCGCAGGCUUAAACAAAGGGAAGAGGAGGAGGGUAGACCAAUCUGUUCAGGGUCUCCCACCAGCACCAAGAGUCUUUCGCCACGGAGAAUGGAGAAGAAGAGACAGCAUUAUGACACCAAGUGUCCCAUGGGAUGUCCUGACUUUGCCAUCGAUGGCGAUGAAGAUGACACUGCCAACAAGAUCUCGUCUGAGGACAGUGGGGAGGUGGCGUCUUACACAGAGGACAGCGACGAAUCCUAUUCGCUGGAGCUGGACACAGACUCCUCCCACACAGGCCAGAUGAACCUAUUGGAGGAGAUCCUGGACUCUCUGAGCACCACCAGCACAGAGCACGGCAAACUGAGCGCCGCCAAGAGCCUGGACUUCAGUUCAAUGGACAACAUCAACUACAAGGCAACGAACACCUCCAACCCCGUCAGUGAGAGCAACCUGCCCCAGGUGUGUACUAGUGGCAGUGGGGUGGUGGGGAGAGGAGGUGUUGGAGGAAGAGAACAGGGAGGGGGCUGGCAGGAUGAUGGUGCCCUCCACGGGAAGCACCUGCCCCCCUCCCCACGUAGACAGCCCAGCAAGAGCAGCCUCAAGAGGCAGAAGCAUAUCCUCUCAACGUCCUCUCCACCCAUCCUUGCUCCAGCCUCAGAGCAGGACAACCAGGUCCCCAAUCUCCAGCCCAAGACCCAGGCCCCUCAGACCAAGGCCCAGCAUGAAAUCCAACCUAAUCCCCGGGCCCUUUAUGACACACCCGCUAUCUGUCUCUCUCAGCUCUGUCCAGAGGAGUCUUCACUCCCCACACCUCCAUCACCAUCCCUGGGAGACCACCACAUCUCAUCCAACCGGUCUCCAGCACCAACUCGUGCCUCCACAUGCAAUCCUCCACUGGCAACACACACACCACCGCUAACCCACACUAGAGAGUCCCCAAACCCCCAGUUGCUCAGCCCUGAGUCCAAACCCCAGACCACCUCCAGCAUCCUGCGGAGGAAGGUGCUGUCCAAGGAAACGAUGAGGCAGUACCAGGACAAGAGUCUCCAGAGGCAGGGCAGCAAGAACCGAGAGAGUCUGGGGGUGAAGGCCAGGCAGCCUUCAGUGCUGGUGCCCUGGGAGAGAGAGAGCCCAGAGAAGAUGGGUCAGGGAGAGGAGCCGGGGCAAGAACAGGACAGGGUCUCAGGGGCAGAGGUCCAGGAGAAAGGACUUCUGGAGGAGAUAGAUUCCAUGUGUCAGACCAGCCUACAACUGUCCCAGGUCCACUGCAAAAACAACAACACACAUGCUAAUACCCAUUACAACAACCACAGCCACAGCAAAGCCACAGACAAAUCUUGAGACAGAAGCAGGGCCAGGGACAAGGGACAGGGGCGGUUGAGGUAGAAGUUGCCUCUAACCACAGAUCUACAAUCAGACUGCCCUCCUCAAAUCCUAACCACUGAGGGAAGAAAUGCAAAACCAGACCUUGGACCGCAGGAAGUCAAAAACAGACCAGAAAGUCGGCGUGACACUGCCAGGCAACUGGAGAUGAUGCGUGUGUUCGCCCUGAUACGACUCUUUGAUUGACUUACCCUUGUUUUUUCCCCUCUUCCUGCCAACUUUAGGGGUCUGAGUUGAAGACCGGUCAUCUCGGUUCUCUUUCUAACCUGCUACAGAAUUUAAACAAACCGUCCAAUAAGUGAAACAAAGACUGACCGUGUAAACACAGACUGACCGUGUAAACACAGACUGACCGCGUAAACAAAGACUGACCGCGUAAACACAGACUGACCGCGUAAACACAGACUGACCGCGUAAACAAAGACUGACCGCGUAAACAAAGACUGACCGCGUAAACACAGACUGACCGCGUAAACAAAGACUGACCGCGUAAACAAAGACUGACCGCGUAAACAAAGACUGACCGCGUAAACAAAGACUGACCGCGUAAACAAAGACUGACCGCGUAAACACAGACUGACCGCGUAAACACAGACUGACCGCGUAAACACAGACUGACCGCGUAAACAAAGACUGACCGCGUAAACACAGACUGACCGCGUAAACACAGACUGACCGCGUAAACACAGACUGACCGCGUAAACACAGACUGACCGUGUAAACACAGACUGACCGCGUAAACACAGACUGACCGCGUAAACACAGACUGACCGCAUAAAAACACACACUGACCGCGUAAACAAAGACUGACCGCGUAAACACAGACUGACCGCGUAAACAAAGACUGACCGCGUAAACAAAGACUGACCGCGUAAACACAGACUGACCGCGUAAACAAAGACUGACCGCGUAAACACAGACUGACCGCGUAAACACAGACUGACCGCGUAAACAAAGACUGACCGCGUAAACACAGACUGACCGCGUAAACACAGACUGACCGCGUAAACACAGACUGACCGCGUAAACACAGACUGACCGCGUAAACACAGACUGACCGCGUAAACACAGACUGACCGCGUAAACACAGACUGACCGCGUAAACACAGACUGACCGCGUAAACAAAGACUGACCGCGUAAACAAAGACUGACCGCGUAAACACAGACUGACCGCGUAAACAAAGGGAAAAUAUGUGGUGGAUUUUAACUCGCAUGAAAUGGUACAUAUUACUCAUUUACAUGGUACUAAAAGAUGAGUGUGUUUUAGUUAAUAGAGAAGAGAUUUAGUUUCCCUCAGAUCUGAAAGUAUUGUAAGGACACAAAGUAACCCCCCACCUAAGUAACAGGUCCGUUGUAUAGUUGCCUAACACGAUGCCUUAAACAGAGCUGUGAAUUGCUUUUGGCACGGCUCAGUCUUAAAAUGUCUAAUAUAUAUUUAUAGCUGUUACUUCUGGAAAUGUUUGAUCUGCUUAGAUCCACUGUCACAUGUCAUGAAUGUGGAAAAAUGGACAGCUUUUUCACUGCACGUAAAGAUAGUCAAGGUAGUUUAAUAUAUGUUGCUCCGUUUUGUCUAUUUAGAGAUGUAUGUUUCUCAGGAUGCUCCUGUUUGUCAGGACAUAAAGGAGAAGAGGAGCUGUGUAAACCGAUGAUAGGAAUAAAUAGACAAUCCUCUCUCUCUCUCUUUCUCACUCUUUCUCUCUCUCCGUCUCUCUCUCUCUCUGUCUGUUUUCCUCACUCUCUCGCUCUCUGUCUGUUUCUCUCAUCUCUCUCUCUGUUUCUCUCCAUCUCUCUCUCUGUUUCUCUCCAUCUCUCUCUCUGUUUCUCUCCAUCUCUCUCUCUCUGUUUCUCUCCAUCUUUCUCUCUGUUUCUCUCCAUCUCUCUCUCUGUUUCUCUCCUUCUCUCCACUUCUUCCUGCUCCCCUUCAUUUACCUUUCCUUGCUCACCAUCUUAUAACAUCUCUUUCCAUCCUCCUCUCUCUUCCGUCCUUCCCCCUGGUUUUUGGUGCUGACAGCUAAAAUGGAGGCUGACAGCUAAAAUGGAGGCUGACAGCUAAAAUGGAGGCUGACAGCUAAAAUGGAGGCUGACAGCUAAAAUGGAGGCUGACAGCUAAAAUGGAGGCCAGUAGAGUUGAGUGCUUUAGGUGGAGUGGGAUUUUACAAACUAAAAUCGUUGCUAUGUGCGCACACCAAAUGAAAUGCAAGCUUUCUCCUAAACACUGAGGUGCCGCUUUCACACUGUGUUUUACCAGAAGGCUUGAGAUGAUUGUAGAAGGAUAACGAAGCAAUACGGCUCUCUUCAGAGAGUAUGGACAGAUGUCUGAAGUGAUUUUUAAAAGAAUCUCCCAUGGAGAGAAUGCAAGCCCUUUGGGUAAUGUCCAGAGAUUGUGACCACUCACUAUAUGACCACUAUAGUACAUACAGACAGAAGAAAGUAUUGUCCAGUGCUUGUUUGUGGUUAUGUUAUGAUGAUGAGUUUAGCCAGUUUUCUCUAGUGCUGUUGGGUGUGCCAAUUUAGCGGUAGCUCCCUCCCUGACUGCCGGGCUGUGCUAACGAUGAGGUUGUAAAGUGUUCGCCGUGGUUCUGAGAAGUCCCUCGUCUCCACUAUUAAUUUGGAUUUGAAAGGGCCUGUGUACAAUUUGUUGGCCUGUUUUAUUUCACUCCCCAAAAUAUUACCUAUAUGGACAGUUUUGAAGUUUGAAAGCUGUCAAUAUACUAUGCAACAAACAAAAAACAUUUAAAGUUGAAUAGAUUUUUACUUUACCACUAUUCAUGAAUUGUAAUCAGAUCAGGUAAUUGAUAAUCAUAUUUGUAAAUCCAUUGAUUAACUGAUGGUUUCAAUAGAUUGUCUGUCAUUUGGCCAAAAUGUGGGUUUGUGUGCAAGAAUGAAGGGUGUGCCUUACAGUAUAUGAGUAAUACUCAGUGUGGUCAACACAAGGUGUUAGGGAGAAAAUGUCAUUGCUAAUGUGUCUUUAAGCUGCUAUAUGUAACUUUUUGGGUGACCUGACAAAAUUCAGAGUUAUAGAUCUGUCGUUCUCAUUGAAAGCCAGUCUUAGAAGCGAAGCGGUAGAUCUGUUCUAUGUGCUCUAUUUCUAUGCUUAGUUUAUGGGUCUUUUACUUUUCGAUUUUGUACACCAGCUUCAAACAGCUGAAAAUAAAAAAUGUUGGUUAUUGAAAAGAUAUUUCACAGUGGUUUAGAUGGUAUGAUGAUUCUCUAUACAAUACUUGGUUGUUUUGUCGUGAACUGUUAGAAUUUUAGGAACCAGGAAAUGGAGGAAUGAUUUCCGCGUAGUGGAUCUUUUAAAAGAGGUCAAGUCCUCUCAACAUUUCAAUAGCUGUUGUCUGCAGUGUUUCUGCAUGUAAAACCACUGGCCCACUCGGUGAUGAGACUCAGAGAUUAAACCACAUCCUUAAAUGAAUGUUGUCAGUUCUUUAACCUAUGAAACAUAGUCUAGUAGAUCAAAUAGGUUGAACUGUCAUUCUAUCUCUGUUUUCCAUGUUUAUAAUCAAGCUUAGCUUACUGUGUGUGUUGGUAGUGUUUUUCUCUUUGCUAGUAUUUCAAUGAUCUUUCUGACUGAGCUCACAAAAUAGAGAAUGAUCUUGCUAUUUCUUUGUUGGAAGAUGUUCUCUAUGUAGUUCUAUUUCAAGCUUUGUUUUAGAAUGAUGAAAUAUUAUUUUCCUGAUUACAGUAUUUUAAAAGGAGUCUGAUAAUAUAUAGUAUAUUGUAUCAUAAUUCACAGAACAAACACCUAAAAUGUUAUUGUUGUUAGAUCUUAUUUUGGGGAAAAGAGGCGUUUUUGUAUCAUUUAAAACAAGGUGUUAAAAACUCAAACAAUUUUCCAUCCAGUCACUCACUAAAGCAUGUUACAGUAUUUCAGUUCAUGAGGUGGCAGAAAUUCUUGCAAUUAAUUGACUUUAUUUUUCAGUUUUUUGUUAUACAUGUAUAUAUGAAUGGUUGUCUUUUUAAAUUCAAAAUGUUUUAGUUUUUUUCCUUCAAAAUAUUACCCGAGCUAAUUACUCUUAUUUAGUUGUUGAAUGGUUAUUUUCUUCUUCUUUUUGUUUGUUAAUCAAAUGAAAUGGAGUGAAAGAAAGACGGUGUCUGGUCCGGUAGUAUUGUCCAAUAUGCUUGCCUUGCAAACAUGGUGUUGAAAUACUGUACUUAGUAGUUAUUUUAUUAUCAAACUGAAUUUAUUUCUCAUGUACUACAUGACUACUGUAUUUAACUGCUGUGGAUUGUGAUUGGUUUACUUAAGCAAUGUCUUCCUAACACAGUCGGCAAGGAAUCCUGUGUGGCUGAUUAUCAGUGUACUGAACAGCUGGUAUUUGUAUGACUGAAUGUCUGGUUACUGUCUCACUACUUACAUGCUGAUGCAGAAGAAAACAGGAUAAAAGCUGACAGCUUCUAUUCUCUUAUGAUUACAUUUCCCUUUUUCCUAAUACCCAUGUGAUAUUAAAGAUCAAAACCACUGAUUGUCAAGAAAACUAACGGAGGCAUAUCGCUUGUCUUGUAAAACAUCCAUUUAGUGACUGACAGUACUGAGAGGGACACAGUUCAUUCAUUCACCUUGUUCAUUGGUCCCUAGACAUGGUACUGUAAUGAUUUGAAUAUGCCGUGUACAACCUACUGAAGUCUAGUGUGUACAAACUUACUUGACAUGGUACUGUAACUUACUUGUAUGUUCUCAAUGCAGAGAAGAAAACAACAUAUAGGUGAAUGUAACAUGCUGUGGACUGAGUGGUGCAACUCUAUCCACUGUGUCCACUGUGAACUUAAACAUUCAUUAUGUUCAUGUAUAUGCAACAUUUCCCUGUAUUCCAUUUUCAAGUCUAUCUCAAUAAAUAAUAAUACGAAA